AUGGAGUCUCGAUUCCGCAAAUUUCUCUCGUCGAGGCGCCUGAAAGCUCAGCAGAACAAUCAGGACUCGGAGCUGGAUUUACACAGUGUGCCAUACACAACAGCUCCACCGCAAGGUCGCCUGCCUGUAUUCAUCAGUCAAGCCCUUGGAAAGUCGUCGACUGCAAAGCGAAAAAAUGAUCCACCGGCUGAUCUUCGUUCGUUAUCCUAUCAAUCGGCUUUACCGGGCAAGGCACCUGAAUUGGGAAAUCGACCUCAGCGAGGGAAUGGGCCCGUCAAACUCCAGACAGGGCGACUGUUAAGCUCUGGUGAACUACUCGUCACCCAACAAGACUAUGACCGCACCCUGGAGGAUAUUCGUGAGGGAGAAUUCAUCGUCGCUGGUAAGGAAAAGAGGAAUUCUCGCACGUCGUCGCAACGCAUGUCAUCGAUGCGGCCACCCAAUCUCAAGGUCGUUUCGACGGCCCCAAACUCCCCACGCUCCCAACCCACUAUGAGUCCCAUGUGGCCACCGCCGUCCGCCGCAAGCGACACGAUACUGCCAGGGUACUUCAACCGGUCCAUGUCCUCAGCUUCUGGGACAUUCGUGCACCAUACUCAACCAUCCUCCGAUUAUGGAUACCCUCCUUAUGGCUCCAGUACAGAGGCUACUGGCCUCGGGAUAUCAACUCCAACUCAACCGUUCUUCCCUAGCCAUAUGACAUCGAUGACGUCGCUCCCCGAACCACAAGACGAAUCGAAUCCUACCAUACAAGCAAUUUGGAAGGCUGAGUCCAGCCGGCUGGCUUCGAUGUAUGGCGACGGUUCAAUAGGUCACACCAUGUCGAGGCCCAAUCACGGAUGCGCCAGUCCGACCAUGUCUCCUACUCAUCGUCACGCCGACUCAUGGAUCAAACCUGAUCCCAUCUACGCCCCUUCUUCUGUGUCAUUGCACCAGCCAUCAUAUACUGCCCAUGAUCCCGUCAGACCUGCUUCAGCACUCCGGACCUACAUGUCGGCGUCGAAUCUCGAGCUCAGCUACCGCGACGACCACUCCGAAGGUUCUUCGAAUCAAAGGCACUCGCUGCUCUCGUCCAGCGGUGCAUCCACCUCAUUGACGACCGGGACGAGCACUGUUGAAGACCCAGUCACGACUAGAGAUGAUAUACGGCGCAUUGUUGACGAUAUGCGCAUGACUUAUCUCCAGGCCAUUGAGGCUUCGACGCCUCCGACGGCACCGUUACCAGAAUUACCCAUUCGAGCAAAGACGAAUCAGCCACGGUCUCUAGUCUCCUCUGUCUCCGUCGAGAGUGGACUCCGGUCCAUGCGAAGCCAGGGCUACACAAGGCCCUGGCAACCUGCAACGACCGGCACAAGCACCGCCAGAACGGCAACUUCACCUUCUUCGAGAAAGUCGCACAAGAAGCGCAUCAGCGCGGGACAUAACAGAAGAACUUCUCAGCCUGUCGCAGGCAUCACGCCGUUGUCGCCUAUCAAGGCCAGCCCGGCUCGUCCCAAACCUCAAGGCACCGGACAGGACGACACGGUAAGCUUGAAGCGGGCAGACUCGACGACGCUGGGGUCUCUUGCCAAAGAACUGAAGAUCCAUGACGACCGGAGCUCGGACUCACAUUCCUACCCCACACCGUCUUCACCCCCGUCUUUCGACUCAGCGAGCUCCGAAGACAUGUCGCUGCCAUGUGUUACCUCUCCAACCCUCUCUGUCAGAACUCCACCGUCCAAAGUCUACUCUGUGCAGCAGACGCCUGUCAAUCAAAAGGCCGUCGGCUACAUGGAGUCCCCCGUGAGGAUUCCCACCUGGAGUCGGGACGCCGACCGUCUCUUUAAUGACGCCGAUAUCGAUGUCACAGGCGACAUUGAUGACUUUGAGUCCAUGUGUGACGACUUUUUCAGUACUCCCGCACCGAGUAAUCCUGCUUUUGGCACCUUUCACACAUGGCACAAGGAACAGAGAACGGACGGCGACAUCAUCAAGGAUAGGGUUGCGAAUGGCAGUCCGUCGAAGUUCAAGAAGGGCUUCUUCUGA